UUUUUGCAGUUAAUUUUUAGAGCGGUUACUUUCACAAUGAAUGUUGUCAUCAUAAGGUUUCUCAGUAGAGACAUAUUAGGUGUUGUGAAUGUUAGGUUGAUGUUGCUGUACAACACUGUUUUCAUUCUUACUAGUGAGCCGUUCACCAGAGCUUGUUUAAAAAACAUUGACAGCCCCACCAAUGAAGAUCUGAAACGAUGGUCUUCUGUUAUCAAUUUGCUUUGGGGCUGCUUUCCUGUAGGUUUACUCUGGGCAGUUUUCUGCUCCGUCAUAUGGUUGACGUGCUUAGAUUGGCCAGAUAAUUCAAUAACAAGUAGUUAUAGUUCAGCUGUCAUUUUAUACGCUUUAUCUGCCGUUAUUGAACUUUUAAGUGAACCCAUAAAGAUUGUGACACAAAUACUACUUCUUGUCAAGAUCAAGCCAAUUGUUGAAGGUCUUUCAUUAGCUGUUGAGACGUCAGUACUAGUUAUCUCAGUUUUGUACUGGCCACAAGUUGGACUGUUUGCCUUUUGCAUGUCUAAGCUUUCCUACAGUUGCUCCGUGACAAUCUCUUACUACACAUACAUCUUAUACAAGAUUUAUAAAAAUACUAAAUGUCGUUGCAUUACUAAUAAUAAUCUUUACGCAAAAAACAUUGAAAAUGACCAUAAGUUGACGAAUAUAAAUAAUAAUUCAACAACAAAGCUUUUAUGGAGUUUUUCUCGACAUGUGAUCCUAAAACAAGUUUUUACUGAAGGAGAGAAAUACAUAAUGACUCUCUUUGGGGUUCUCUCAUUUGCAGAUCAAGGCGUGUACAGUGUAGUAAACAAUUUGGGAUCUUUGGUUGUGAGGAUCUUGUUCUUACCUAUGGAAGAAAGUUUUUACUUGUUCAUGUCUCAGACUGUUAAGAGAGGACACGUUUCUUUUGCUGAUAUUAAUGAUAGCGGUACAUCUAUAAAUUUGGUGGCCACAACCUAUGAAAAUGUCUUACGCGUCCGAACUUUGUUAGGGCUUACCAUUGCUACUUUUGGUUUUUCGUGUUCCUAUUUAGCUUUACAGAUUUUUUUUGGAGAGAAAUUAUCUGCUCCUCCAGGAUUAACUCUGCUGAGAUGGAACUGUGUGUACAUGUUGCUGGUCUCUAUCAAUGGCAUUACAGAGGGUUUUUUGAAUGCAUCUAUGGAUCAUAAGCAGGUCGACAGAUAUAAUCACGCAAUGUUGAUGUUUUCUGUUGCAUUCCUUUUGACAUCUUGGUUCUUCACAUCAUAUCUCUCACUUGGGGCUGUUGGAUUCUGCUUAUCGAAUUGCUGCAACAUGAUUUUUAGAAUAAUCUAUAGCUUACAACAAGCAAAUCGUUAUUUUGCAAGAACUGGUUACAAUCCUAUAAAAGGUUUGUUGCUUACUGGACCCGUCAUUGGAUCGUACUUAUUUAGUUUCAUCGUUUGCACCAUGUCAGAGGUUAGUUUCAUAUUUUAA